UAUAGUGUAUGUUUAUUUAAGAGCAGAUUAAUAAUUCAGUUUUAGAUCCUACUGUUCGAAAUUAUAGAAACUUUAGUUUAAGGCGUGUGAUUUGAUAUCUAAUUGUAAAUAUGAGUGCUGUAUCGAGUAGAAUGGAUCCGAACCUUACUGGUUUGUGGGUUAAUUUCUUUACGGCGGCUGGAAUACCGUCAGAAGUAGCUGCUACGUACGCCCUUACCUUUACGGAAAACAGAAUUCAGAAUGACAUGCUUUUGGAUCUGAAUAAGGAAUAUCUUAGAGAUAUGGGGAUUGCUAGAAUGGGAGACAUCAUAGCUAUUUUACGGCAUGCAAAACAGGUACACGAAAGUACAGCAAGAGACAGAGUGUUAAGUACGACGGCUGUCAGUAAUAAAGUACCAGUAGCAGCUGUGACUGGCCGGUCAACAGUAACACAGCCCUCAUCUCCUGCAAGUCGUAUAUUGGAGCACUACACUCGAAAUCCGCAGGUUCAGGAUACUUCACCAGUAAGAGCUCCACAGCAAAAGAGAAAAUCUAUUGAGAUGGCUGCUGAAGACUCGAAUAUAAAAAAGGCGCGUCUCAUUCGAUUUGGUUCACCCCCAAUGCCAAGCAAAAUAGAAAAAGAAGCAGCACCAGGAAAAACGGUAUUUGCAAGACUCGGUAACUCAGAAGCUGUGAAAGCUGCCCCCCAAAAAGUAGUCAACAAACAAGUCUUCUCCCGGCUCGGGAACAAGGACUCGGAGAAGAUUCCAAUCGUCCCAAUCGAGAAAGACGCUCUCAAGUACGAAGGUAUAUUGAAAAGUUCUCCGCCUACCAAGAAGGUAUUCACCGUCACCACAUCCAUAAACAACGUGAGGAAGAUAGCCGUCGGCACCAUGAGGGCCGACGAAGCUCCGGUCAGCGUCAAAGAUAAAUUAGCUCUCGCGAAAACUAAGUCAGUCAAAUUUUCCAACCACGUGGAGUAUAAAGAAAUCGAUACGAGCAAGAAAGCCGCAGUGCCGCCCAAGCAGAAGUUCACGCCGGUGUUCAACAAGCCCGAGAGGCGCCUGUCUAUGCCCGACGCGAGCGGCAACGGGGUCAAAGCGCGGCUCGGGAUUAAAGACCAAAGCCAGAGUAAGUUUCUAUUAACUCGUAAUGUCUUCAACAGAUUAGGCGCUUGAUAUAUCGAAAUAUUGGUAAAGUGCGGUUUUAUCUGAUAUUUCUCGAGUGAGAAAGAAAUUAAUUAAUAGUACACUUAAAGAAUUUAUGAGAUCUAUUUGAAAGCAGAUUGUUUGAAAGCUUCGUGAGAGUUCAGAGUAAAAGGUGGGAGUGAAUAAAGAGAGAAAAAGGUGUUUUAGUAAAUAUAAUUUAACACAGUUUUACAAUUAAGGGUUAAUUAUUUAAACAGUUCUCUGUCUUCUUCUUUCGUCUAUCGUAUUCAAUGAUGUCAGAAAGAUAUAAAUUAGUGUUUCACUAAACACCCACUAAACGAUCUAAAUAAAGUCUAGAGUUAUGUCACCACUUAAGGUGUUCUUUGUUUGAAAUAAUAAAUAUUUGAAAUAAAAAAGAAAUUGUGCGCGCAAAACUAAAAUAAAAAAUUAAAUUUUUAAGUUAUUUUUAGUCCCUUCAACACUUCUCGUCAUUUGAAAGGUUCUAACAAAUGGUCAAAUGAAAAACCUGUAUUUUUGAAACAUUGCUCGUUGUUUUUUAUGAUUACUGAAUGGUGCUUCAAAUGUCUUAUUCGCUUUAUUCAGGGGUUCCUGUGGCUUAGGAGAACCCUCACUAUUUCGCCUGACAAUAUUACUUAAUAUUUAAUUUCUUUAUAUUAAUUUUGUUAAUAGGAGAUCGUAAAGUGAGUCUCGCGACUCAACUCACUCCCGCAUUUAAACCCUUCAAUCGAAAUUUUGCACACAUUUUGGUGCCGGUGACAAUAUAAUCUGUUAGCUGGACCAUGUUGCGCAGGAAUGAUCCCCAAAGAAACACAAAAAAGAGUUUCUAAGCUUUAACAGAAAAAGAAAUGUUCUAAUGACAUUUGUAAAAUGAUUUUUCAUAUAAGUGUUUUUCUGUGGUUUUCUAUAUAGAUUUAAACUUAUAAAUAUAUAACUUUUAUUUUUGGUUCUGUGGGUUGGAAAAUUUCUGCAAAGUCACGGUCCAACUAUACUAUAAUCCAAGUGUAGGAGUAAAGAUAAACGAACCUUUCAUUGAUGUUAUUUAUGAUACAAUGUGUUUCUAAUAAACUACUUUUACCCACUUUUUACAAAUAAAAUGCAUUUAGUUAGGAAUCCAUAAUGAAUACCAUAUAAUCUAUUCCAAUUCCAUAAGAGGAAAAAAGCCAAAUAAACAACAUUUGAUAGCAAAUUAACGCGAUAU